AUGAGCGGCGUUGGGGCGGCGGCCACCGCCGCUGCCGCUUCUCUCUUGGCCGGGAAGAGCGAGAAACUGGACGAAGCUCAGGCGCUGGCCCGCAGCUGCGCCGGGAGACCCGACUUCCAGCCUUGCGACGGGCUGUCGCUGUGCACCACUCACAGCCACGGCCGCUGCUUCCGCCUGCACUGGUGCUGCCACCUGGGUUGGUGCCACUGCAAGUAUGUUUAUCAGCCUAUGACUCCAGUAGAACAGCUUCCAAGCACUGAAAUACCUGUUCGGCCUCGGGGAACUACAAACACCAUUCAGAUCUCUGUCUCACUCAUGGAACACUUUUUGAAGUUUGCACCUGUCUUCCAGCCACCAUUACCCCCCGACUCCCCACGAUUCUGCACAAUCUCGGACCUCUUUAUUGACAAUUACCGUGUGAAAUGCAUCAAUGGAAAGAUGUGUUAUGUGCAGAGGCAACCUCCUGCACUCGCCCACAAAGUGAAGCCUCAGGAGGUCCCCACACGCAAUGCCUUAAUUUUAAGAGAGAAUAAUACACCAAAAAUAGAUCAUUGCUCUUCCCCUUCCAGCUCUGAGGACUCUGGGAUCAAUGCUGUUGGGGCUCACUAUAUGGAGUCAUGUGAUGAGGACACAGAGGAAGGGGCAGAGCUAAGUUCAGAAGAAGAUUAUAGUCCAGACAGUAGCUGGGAACCAGAUGAGUGCCCCCUCUUAUCACCCUCACAAUGUGAACUAGAAGUGAUUGAGACGAUAGAAACCACAGUGUGAAAUGCUGAGCUGGGAGCAAGCUAGGCAUACUUAAAACAAUACUGGUUUUCUAGCAUUUAUACUGGCUUUUUCUUAAGGGUCCUCCCCACACCCCAGUGCACUUGAUAUUCCACAAGGAACGCAGUUGACAGUAUUUAGCCAUCUGUGAAUUAGUUGCUUGAUACUGAUUGCACCCAUGCAUUUCUGAGUGCAGUGCUUAGUUUGAAAGGUAUCUCUGAUUUACAUCUUUAGUUACAGACUAUGUUCCUGAUCUUACUAAGUGACAGAUAAUUUGCAAAGAUCAGGUUAACUUGGAACCUCCUCUUACUAAAUCCAAAGAAAAGGUGGUUUCAAAUUACUCCUUCGACAGAAGGAUUAAGCCUUUCACUCUUGGAGAACACCAAUAGCAGGUUAGCUAUUGGUGUUUUGCAAGAUGAGAGCUGAAUUCUUGAACAGGACUUUUUAAUUUAUUUUUAUUGUUUCAUCUGGGAGAUCAGAUGCCACUUCUCUCAUCAGAAAUUGCUGUCAGUGUACCCCUUUUCAAAUAACUAGCAGACAUCAACCAUUUUUGUCUGCUGCAGAGUAACUCAGGGGGUUCCCAGAAUAAGCACAAUACACCUUUGAUAAUUGGGACCCUGUUUCCAGAACAACUCCUGAUUUGAUAGCAAGAGUUGUUACACUGCCAGCUGACCAAGCUGCAUCAGUCUUCAGUCUGAUCCAUACUGUUUUAAUUGUUUCAUGUGUUCAGACUGAAGGCAAACUGGAUUUAGCUGUAAAGGCAUGGAAUAUACAAAAUAACUGCUAACCUGAAAUUAAUCCAUAAUGAUUGUCACAUUCCUUCCAUAGGCACACAAAUUCUGGUUUAUUUUUCAACCAGUCAGAUGUUUUUGCAUGGUAGGGGUUGAAUAUACCCAGGUUUAAGCAAACUAAGCUCAUACCUUCUCUUCAGAGCCAACGGCUGCCACAAACCUGUGAUGUGCCAUUUAGCAAAGUCACCACAGCCAAUUGGUAGUUUGCUAAGACCUUCUGUGGCAAACAAAUUCACACGACCCUUUCUGCUGUGGAUCUGUUCAGUCCAGGCACACCAGAACUGACAAAUAUGUCAACUGGUGAUGCAUGAUUUGACCAUAAAAUGACUGAACAUUAGGAACCAGUUCAGUACUAAAACAAGGCAACUGAGUGCCAUAGCUGUGUUCUAGUCAUUGCUCCAAGAAUUUCUGAUUAUUCUCAUUUGGUGAUAGUUCAAGAUUUAAGUUUAGCAUUGUGUUCAAAUUAAUAUCUAUUUAAGUGGACCAUACCCAUGCCCACAAAGUCUAAAUGCAGCUAGCUAAAAUGUAAGCCACUGUCAUUCUAACAGCUUGAGCAUUUGGAUUUACUUUAAAGGCCACAUGAAAAAGCAGUACCUAAUUGAUCUAACUCUUUCCUUAUUUGGCUAUAUCCUUGCAAUCCUCCUUAAUAACGGUAGCUCAUUAACAGAUACAGAACAAGCAUGGUGGUCCUUUGAGCUCUAAGACUAGUAGUGGUGGGGUGUUGGGGGCAUUUUAGUCAGAAAAUUUUAAGACACUUCAGCAGUUAUGUGCUAGUGGAUAUGAGGAGACCUUCCCAAACCACAUGCUGUGACCACAAGUAUUUGUUGUUGGUGUGUGGGGUUUUUUUGAGCUCUUUCUUUCAACUCCAUAUGAUGCACCUUUUUAACUAAACGAUUCUCCUAGUAAUAGGGCUCCUUAGUAAUAAAUUCAGUCCUAUUUUAUAAUACUUUGGUUAAUUCACUUUCUGUAAGUCUUAGUAAGAAUGAGAACAUAUAAAUAUGUACAGUUGUAGCUCUCAGUACUAGAUUAUCUUAUGCCGUGUUGUUGAAUACUGCUCUUUAAAGCCUAUCCUGACACAUUACUAAUUUUUAUACCUACACUUUGACAUAGGCAACUUUUAAAAGUAUUUUAAAAGAUACUUUUAGAAAGUAUUCUAAAAGAUUACAAUGUGUGUUAUGAAUUACUAUAUAAACUAAUACUGUACUUUAACUAUAAAAUAAUACCCUGAGACAACAAAUGAAAUAUUUAUUCUGAUGACUUAUAUUAAAAUGUAUUUCUUAGCCAAAAGCAAAGGAACUAAGUUCUGAGCAUCACAACCAGUAAAUCCUUUCUUAGCAUUUCCAGAGAAUUAGAAUAUUUUGCUAAUCUUUAAGCAGAAACACUAAUUCAUUAUAUAAUUUGUUAUUUUGGGAUUAUUAAAGGUUUUUUUUCCUCCUAAGGUGCUGUACUGUUAAGCAUUGUUAUAGCUUUUAUAGUGGGAAGACAAUGUAUAAAAUAAGAUUCGAUUACCCUUAACUAUUUUAAACUGCCGGGGGGGGGGGGGCUGUUAACAGAUACCCUGUUUUGCUAUAUUAGUAUGCAGUUGGCUCUCUUCUGGUGAAAAGAAGCUAAGUUUUCUGGCUCUGGCAAUUGCAGAGGGAACCACAUUAAAUACUACAAAUUACAUUUGGGCUACAGUCUAACCAGGUCUCAGAUUAGACAAAUAUAUUCUGAACUGAGGAAUGAGCUAGGAAUAAUUCAGAACAGACUUACAUGGAAUACACUUUAUCAAACUAUUAAUUAGCAAUAGUUGCAUCUAAUGUUAAUCUCUUUAAACUUGUUCUGUUGGAAAGUCGUAAGCACAAUGAGCAAAGUCCUCUAAUGCCUGACUUACCAGGAGAUUGCCUGGGUGUAGGCCAUGGCAGGAUCUGGUUAUAUGAUUUAGCACAUAAUGCUGUGUUUCAGAGUACUCUCAAGAGUACCCAAUUGUUUCAUGUAAACUUCUCACAAAAUAAUAAAUGUGAAGACUGAUUUUGCACUAAUGCAGACUAAGAUUUCUUUUCCACACUCUCACUCCACUAAAGAAUGUUGCAU